AUGGCCAUGAACUUCCACAUCAACACUUCAACCGUAAGUAAACAUUCGCCCUGCUUUCCAAAAAAGAACAAGAAAAAAGAAAGAAUUAAACCUCCAUUUGAAGAUUGUUCUAACAACACAAUAAGGGUACCAAUUUUGCAGAUAUCUCACCGGAUUCCUUGACGCCAACACCUUUGGAUCUCCUUGGGGAAAUUGAUAGACGAGAUGUCCCCUCCACAAACUGUCAAGAGAUUUACGAAGCCGUGGACGAUGCUCUCAAACAAGCUACAGCUCAACAGGAGGAGACGCUCAAAAAACUCAUCGAAAACCUUAAAACUGUAACGAGAGGCUUGAUGGCCGAACAAGACGCUAAAUGGCGGUCCUACGAUCCUUAUUCCAGAAACGUACUUCAAUAUCUUUCUAUGGGCAAAGUUUGA